CCGCCAACCUCAACCUCAGCGACCGCUGCAAAUAUAUUGAAAUCACUCUCCAUAUACCGAUAUUCACUUCACAAUGGGCCCCGAAACGCUCCCUCCUUAUCGUCAUGUCUCAAGUAAUCCCAUUGGCAACGAGGAUGCCGCGGAAAUGCUUGCGACCUUCAUAAAGAACAGCGAAAUCCAUCCUCACCUCCACCCCGACGCACUCAUUACCCCUACGGGCGUACAAUUUGGCUCACAUGGAGGCCCUUCCGGAGGAGUUGUCAUGCACAAUCUACGCCGCGUGGCGGCAGGUCUCCGCGGCGAGCAUCUCGAGCCAGAGCCUUCACCAGAACCCGAAGAGCGCAAUGGACAGGACGGAAGAAAGAACAAGAGGAAGGUUUUCGACGAUGAUCAGGAGGCUGCAACCGGGGAUGGCGGAGAGGAAUGGCAAGACAAGUCAGAAUACGAGAGGGAAGAGGGGCGCGUCGAGAUAGAGGAGAUUGGCGAUCGCGACAACUUUGUCGCUUCUGGGGUGGAUGUUCCUGAAGUUGAGGGUGGAGAAGAGGAGGGAGAUGAAGGACAAGUCGGCGAGAAGAGAAAGGCGAACGUGGACAAGGAGGCACGAAAGCUUGCGAAGAAAGCAAGACACAAAGAGUUCAAAAAAAGCAAAGGAAAGAAGAACAAGACGGAGGACUAGAGCGCGACUUUCUAUUGCCGACAACGCCAUUUUGCGUUUUAGAUACGAUACCCCUAUGGACAUCCAAUUGCCCCAAAAAUUUUCAAAAUUUUCCAGCUCUCCGGUGUAUACAUUGCAU